UACUACUUGUUCAGUUAUUUUGAUAGAUUAUAUUUUGCACAUAAUUACAUAUAUAUCUUUGACACAUACAUUUAAAUAAAGCAUGAGAACAGUUCUGUAUGAAUAAUAGCCUUUAAAUUUGUUUGAAUUUGUAGUUUUCGUAAAAACAGCACUUAAUUGUGUAAACAUGUUGCCUUUAAUAUGCACGUAAAAUUGAAUUACGCGGGGCUUUCUUCAGUCCACGCCGCUAGAAUGCGCUGCAGUCUGGUGUCUCGCGCUUCGCCAAUGCUAAUUGGCCUGAGUUUCCCAUAUUAUCCUAUUACAAUAUUUGGAGUCAGUCGCGUCCUGGUCUCGAGCGGAGACAGACGUGUUCGUCGCUCCGCGAGCCGCGUACUUUGCGCUCGUGGCUAGUCGUUCGUUCAGUUCACAGAUUGUCGCGGCAGCUGAGCUGCCACCGCGAACCAGCAACGUGCUUAAUUUACGAGUUUUCGGGAGACGUGUCCAGCUAAGAGUUUCUACAACGCGAACGUGUUACGGGUUUCUGAACUUUCGCCGCCUUAAGGGACAUUACGUAACGGGCCGCGUACGCACAGCGCUCCGUCUUCGAGCCCUCUCUAACGGGGUCAGCUUAGCAUUGAGAACUUUACGAUUCGUGUUGAAACAUAUUCGCGAACAGUACGGUCAUCAGGGAGUCCGGGUCGCCGCGGUAGGGCACUUGUUCCGCGACGGUUCCGCCAGGCUGCGGCAGGCGUGGCAUCCGGAAUGAACAGCACAUUGAAGCCUGAAAAACAGGUGUUCCAGCUGAAGAAGUCGAGGAAGGAUGGUCUAGUGUUGCAGGUGCACCACAGCAUCCCGGGGAGGGGAGGGGACGUGCAGCGUGUCAGGUUCACAAGCGCCGUGUUUGACGAGAAGGGCGAGCGACUCGCGGCUGUCGACCACCGCGGCAAUGUGUUCAUCAUCGACCUGGUAGCCUGCAAGGUGUGGUUGGUUCCGUCGCUCGGCAUAUGCACGGUAGUGGCAUACUCCCCUUUCACGAGCAACACGCUUGUCAUGGGGACCACAGAUUGCUGUCUCAACUUCGUGAACACAGAGACGGGCUCCGUGACGCAGAGCUUGAAGGGCCACACCCUCCCGGUGAAGCAGAUCUCGUUCUCGAGCCAACGCCACUUUUGCCUCAGCGUGUCCGAGGAGGAGGCCAUCGUGUGGGACGUGGUGGCCGGCUGUGCGGCUCACCGCCUCGCCACGCGCUCCGACGUCCUGGUCAAACAGGUGCUGUUCAUACCCGGCACCGACCAGGUGCUGGUGUGCUUUGAAGAUGACAAAAUGAACGUGUGGAACAUCGAAACGCUCGAGUGCAUCAGGCAGAUUGUUCCCGACUUGUGGAAAGGCAAUCAUCUGCGAACCAUCGCUUUUACAAGGAAUGGCCGUGUCAUGGUGGUGGGGGGCCACUCGCCACACCUGGUCGUGUUCUCCCUGGACACGUGGAGCCUGAGGAACUGCGUUCCGCUGCCGGGGCAAGUGGGCGGGGUCAAGCACAUCGAGUUCCUGCCGCAGGAGCUCGACGCGGGUGCCAACAAGAUCCUAGCCUUGCUGUCGACAAACUGCACGCUGUACUUCCUGGACUUGGAGGCUGAGAGCUUGUUGAGGACAAACCUGCCCCGGGACGCCACUGCACGGAGACUGGCGUGCAGCCCGACGGGCCGGUACGUGGCGAUGCUGCUGCACUCGGGCGACGUGAACAUCUACCAGAGCAGCCGGCUGCUGGGGCAGGUCCCUGCGGUCCCCGGGAGGGGACCAGAGGUCAGAGCCCCGCGGAGAAGAUCGCUCGGCAAGCAGCGGCAUGCGCUGCUGAAGCAGAUGAAGGGGCAGCUGCAGACGGACCGCCUGCGGCCCAUGCUGAAGCAGUUCGGGGAGUACCCCGAAGCGUACCGCGGCCUCAUAUGGCGCAUGCUGUCCCGGCUGCCCGGCAACCAGGCCGCCUUCGUGAGCCUGGUGAGCCGCGAGUGCCCCCUGGCGCUCCGCGACGUGGACCAUGCCUUCCCGCGGGAGUCCCGGACCGUCACCAAGAACCUGCGCAGGGUCCUGUCCUGCCUUGCCCACUGGUGCCCUCUCUUCGCGGAGGUCGAGUACCUGCCCCGCCUGGCGCUGCCCUUCGUUGUCCUGUUCCAGAACAACCCCUUGGACUGCUUCGAGAUGCUCGUCACCAUCAUCUUGAACUGGUGCCAGCUGUGGUUCGAGUACUUCCCGUGCGCGCCCACCAACGUGCUGGCGAUGGUGGAGAACGUGCUGGGGCAGCACGACACAGGCCUGCUGCAGUUCCUCUGCGAGCGCGGCGUGGGCUGCGAGCUGUACGCCUGGGAGCCGCUGCGCACCGGGCUCUCCCAGGUGCUGUCUGCGAAGGAGUGGUGUGUUCUGUGGGAUCACGUGCUGACGAACGAGCCGUCUUUCCUCCUAAUGGCCGUGGUGGCCUACAACAUAGUCUGCCGUGCUGCUAUCAAGACCUGCAAAUCCGCAGAAGACUUUCAGAGGUUGUACCACAACAAGAAUGCAGUGGACAUGAGGAGGUUCCUGGCCAAGUGCUACCAACUGCUGGAGGGGACGAGUGAAGACAUCCACCCCAGGCAGUACCUGCGCCCGUUCCAGGCGCUUGAGCCCAGUGCCUACCCCAUCUUCAGCGACUACGCGAAGUGCACAGUGGACCACCAGGUGGAGCUGCUGGAGCACAUCCGCACGGAGAACGCGCGGCUGGCGGAGGAGUACCGCGCGGCGAUGGAGUGGGAGGGCGAGCGGGAGCGCAGGAGGAACCGACAGUCCUUGCGCGAGCAACACGAGAAGCGGCUGCUCUGCGCGGAGGAAGCGUUGCGCGCGGAGGUGCUGGAGGAGGAGCAGCGCGUGGCGCAGCAGCGGCGCCGAGUGCUGGAGCUGCGCAAGGAGCUGCGUGCGCGAGACCUGGAGUCUGUGCAGGAAGACACGGACCAUGCAGCGUGCCGCGACAUGCAGCAGAGGCAGGCGUCCCUCGCCCGGGCCGCCGACCUCAUGAAGCUCAAGGGGUGUCGCGAGGAGGCCGUGGUGGCGACACUGGAGGACGAGGUGAGGAGCCACGUGGACCGGCAGGAGGCAACCAGGCUGCGGCAGGAUACGGGCGUCCCGGAGAGUCCUGUCGAGCAGGGACGGCGGGAGGCCAGGGAAGGCAGAGACAUACCGUCGAGCAUCGCUGUGGUCGAGCGACUGAUGGAGCAGAUCAACCAGGAGCUGGCCAGGCAGCUGGCUCCACCUCACCGCAGUCAGCACGUAACAGACACGGCUCGUAAGGUGCGACAGCUGGAGGAGCAGACGAGGCUGCUGGAAGCAGAGGUGCGGUGCUUGCUGGAGAAAAUAGCCCGGAGGCGACGCAAGGAGGACACACGUCGCGAUGAUGCACACCAGAAACAGAAAGAAACCAAAACUGGAGAACCCAGGAAAGCGCCAAGACUCGGUGCGACAUCGGUACGUAGUUGGGACGUGUACCGGAGAGAGAAGCAAGCCGUCAAAGAUGCCAUGGUCUCAAGAGAAAAGUUGCUCGCUGUUCCCAACAUUGCAAGAAGACACUUAAAUUCUUUGAACACCAGUUGACGAAUGUGACGCCGCGCCACGGGGGUUGUCAGUACUGUAUGAGGGAGUGCACGUCGGCAGACACCUGGGCUCUGCCCCUCAGCGCAGUCAGCUCCAUGAUGACCAGGCACUGCUCGACCGUCGCCCCGCAACGACGCACCAGGCGGCAGCCUGCCUCCAGCGUUCCUGCCGUUCACGUCUUUAUCUUAUCAUUUGUGCAUAGACAAGGCAUGUACAUCCUCAAAUUAAAAGUGAAGCAAGUUUGAAUACUCAUCAAAAAAAUAAUUUAACUUUCAGUGCAAUUUAAUUUUUGUAUGUAAGUUGAUAAAUUUGUUUCUGGUUUUGUGUACUGGCCUCAAUUUUGUCAUCUACUACCAUCUUCAUGGUUGUACGACUCAAAAUUUGAUUAUAGCUACAUGAAAACAUUAAAUUACCAAUUAUU